AUGACUACUCAACCUCGCUUAUUAACAGUUGGUGUUGGUGCUGUUGGUGCCAUCUACUCCUGGAGACUCUCCAAGUCUUGCAAUGUCACUGCAGUCUGUCGCUCCAACUACGAAGCUGUAAAGAAGGACGGUUUUGACAUUGAAUCAGCUAAAUUCGGAAAGGACGUAUUCCGCCCUGAUCAAGUUGCUCGCACUGUCUCUGAGUGUGUCACAUCAGAGCCUUUUGACUAUAUUCUUGUCACAUUAAAGGCCUUGCCCGAAUGUUACAAUGUCGCUGAUAUCAUUGCGCCUGCUGUCACCAAAGACACUACCAUCGUCUUGAUCCAAAACGGUCUCGGUGUUGAAGAGCCCAUUACUGAAAGAUUCCCAGACAAUCCCAUUGUCUCUAUUGUUGCAUACAUUGGUACAUCUCAAACGGAACCUGGCAAGAUCAAGAUGGUUGGCAAGGAGUCCUUGGUUGUAGGAAAGUACCUUGGUGCAAAGAGAGAUUCAGACAAGCAACGUGCUGAAUUCAUUGACCUUUUGAAGAAGGGUGAUUGUGAAGUGCAGAUUGUUGAGGAUGUUGAGAAGGUUCGCUGGCAAAAGUUGUUCUGGAACGCUGCUUUCUCUCCAGUGUGUGCCAUGACCGGCAUGAAUACAACUGAGCUUUUGGCUAAUGAAGAAGCCAUGAAGGCUGUCAAGAAUGUCAUGGGUGAAGUCAUUGAUGCAGCUAUUGCCAAUGGCUAUCAGUUCAACCACGACGAGCAAAUGCAUGCCAUGAUCUCCAGAACUGAAGCCACUGCUACCAACUACAAGCCCUCCAUGCAAUUGGAUAAAGAGCGCAAUAGUCCAAUGGAAAUUGAGGUUAUCCUCGGAACACCUUUAAGAAGAGCAAAAGCCAAGGGCUUAUCUGUGCCUAAUUUGGAGCUGAUUCACUCUCUUUGCAGUGCUACAAAUGCUUUGAUCAUGCAUCAACAAAGCAAGAAAUCCCAAUUGUAA